AUGACAUCAAUCAACGGCGCAGUUCACUCGCCGGCCGCUCAACGACGUAUCGAGCACCAUGAGGCCGACGUCGUAAUCGUCGGCGCAGGAGUCCUAGGCUGCGCACUUGCAGUCGCAUUUGGAAAGCAAGGACGCAGUGUUAUACUGUUGGAAAAGUCACUAGAGGAACCGAACCGCAUUGUCGGCGAACUUCUUCAACCGGGAGGCAUGCAAGCGCUCGAGAAGCUAGGAUUGUCGGAUUGCCUAGACGAUAUCGAUGGAAUAGAUGUGAAAGGAUACUGGGUCUCAUACUUUGGCCAACCCGUCCUCCUCGAAUACCCCAAGUCAAGUCCCUCGUCACCAACGCCUCUAGGACGGGCCUUCCACCACGGCCGAUUCGUGAAAAAACUCCGACAAGCCGCUCUCGCCUGCCCCAAUGUCACCGUGGUCGAAACCAAAGUCACAGGCCUGGUCACUUCGUCGUACACUAAAGAAGUUCUCGGAGUCGAGUGCGUCACCAAGGACCUGAAGGAUUGCUACUUCGCCCAGCUUACCGUUGCUGCCGAUGGCUACGCCUCUGAUUUCCGUAAAAAACACCACCAAUACACACCCAAGCGUCGCUCAAAGUUCUACGGGCUGGAGCUGAUCGAUGCUAAGCUGCCCGAGCCUAAUACCGGCCAUGUUCUCCUCAGUGAUAACCCUCCGGUACUCAUGUACCAGAUCGGCACACACGAAACUCGAAUCCUAGUCGAUGUCCCGGAUAAUUUACCCGCGGCGUCGGUGAAGAACGGCGGCGUCAAGGGCUAUCUUCGGAAUAAUGUUUUGCCCAAGCUUCCAGAUGGAUGCCAGGCGCCUUUCGUAGAUGCGCUGGAGAAGGGCCAGCUUCGGUCAAUGCCAAAUUCGUUCCUGCCUGCUUCGACCAAUAAAACGCCCGGCUUGAUGAUUCUGGGCGAUGCGCUCAAUAUGCGUCAUCCCCUGACGGGAGGCGGUAUGACGGUUGCUCUGAACGAUGUCUGUGUUAUUCGCGAGCUGCUCAGCCCUGAGCGUGUGCCUAGCUUCGGCGAUACACAGCUCGUGCUUAAACAGCUUUCGAUCUUCCACUGGAAGCGAAAGAACUCCUCGUCUGUCAUCAAUAUCCUCGCACAGGCCCUGUAUUCACUUUUCGCUGCAGAUGACCGAAGCCUGAAAGCCCUCCAACGCGGCUGUUUCCGCUACUUCCAAAUCGGUCCCGUCGGUGGUCCCGUCGGACUCCUAGCCGGACUCAUCAAGCAACCUCUCGUACUCGUCAGCCACUUCUUCUCCGUUGCCUUCCUCUCUAUCUGGGUUCUUCUUUGCGACACUCCCCUGACCCAACUGAUCCUGUUCCCCUACCAUUCCUUUAUGGUCUUCUACACAGCCUGCAUUGUGAUUUUCCCAUACAUCUGGGCGGAAAUCUGGUGCUAA